AAAUCCUCUCUCUCUCUCUCUUUCUCUCUCUCUCUCUCUAAACCCUUGCACACCAAGCUAAAAGCUACGGGCUAAAAGCAGCUUCAGCUCGAGUGAAGAAGAUGACGAUGACGACGACGACGACGACGAUGUGCUCGUGAUUCAUCGCCAUCGACACGCACGCAUACAUAUAUAUGGAAGGGAAAGACCAACCCCAUCAUCAUCAUCAUCAUCAUCAUCAUCAGCAGCAGCAGCAGCAGCAACAGCAACAGCAGCAGCAGCGGAAUCAAGAUCGGUAUCCCCAGCAGAGGAACAGGAUGAUGAUGGAGGCUCCGUCAAUGGCGAAUUCUCUGUUCCCGGAGGAACCCAUGAUGAUAAACUACAACAUCUUCGACAUGCCCUGCGAGGAGGUCGAGAAGGGCUUCAUGGACCUGCUCGCCAUCCCCGACAACUACGACGUCGCCCCUCCCGCCGCCGCCGCCGCCGCCGCAGCCACCAUGGCCGCCUCCUCCUCCUUGCUGUUCGAUUUGCUCCACCAUCACUACCAGCCGCCGCAGCCGCAAGCGGCGGCGGCGGCGGCGCCGUCCCCGCCCUCGCAGCAGCAGCAGCAGCAGCAGCCGCUCCCCUCGCCGGCGUCCACCGUGCCGGAGACGUCGUCGGAGGUGGUGAACAACCCGGCGACGCCGAACUCGUCCUCGGUGUCGCUGUCGUCGAACGAGGCCGCGGGCAAUGAUGAGGAGGACCGGGAGGCGAACAAGGCCGGGGAAGAGGAGGACGAGCAGAAUCAAGAUAAGACCAAGAAACAGUUGAAGCCCAAAAAGAAGAACCAGAAAAGGCAAAGGGAGCCGAGAUUUGCGUUCAUGACCAAGAGCGAGGUCGAUCACCUCGACGACGGCUACCGUUGGCGGAAGUACGGCCAGAAAGCCGUCAAGAACAGCCCUUAUCCGAGGAGCUACUAUCGUUGCACUAGUGCAGGGUGCGGAGUGAAGAAGAGGGUAGAGAGAUCUUCAGACGAUCCCUCCAUCGUCGUCACCACCUACGAGGGCCAACACACCCACCUCAGCCCCGCUACACAGAAGAGUGGCCUCGGCAUGAUCCCAUCAGAAGCCGCCGCCUCCUACCGCGGCGCUUUUCCAGCAACCGCCGCCUCAUUUCUGAUCCCAGAUCACUAUAACCCCCAGCAAUUGCAACCCCUUAAUGUGCCUUACUCUUUCACUUCACGUCCCUCUAAUUUGUGCCUCCUUACAAGUACUACUACUACUACUACUACUUCCGCACCGCCUAGUUUUAGUCCCUCAUUUCCGAAGUUUUACGAAGAGAAAUGUUUCGUCGCCGUGCCAUCAUCGACCUCGUCGUCAUCGGGUUUGGAUUUGGCGACAGAUUACGGGCUGCUUCAGGACAUUAUUGUGCCAUCGCUGCUGAGGAAUAAGCAGGAGCCAAAAGAGGAGUGACAUAGCACACGAUGAUGAUAUAUGCAUGUUCUUUUAAGUUGUGUUAAUUUUACUGGUAUGUAGUUUCUCUCUCUAACCAUUUCUUUCUUUGUAGCCUUAUUAUGGGGUCUGUAUCUUCUCUUUUAGGAGUACCCAUUUCACCAUUGCAUGCACCGGUGCCUUGUUUUGGGAUUUUCUCUCUGUAAAAUGAUUUUACAGUUUUAGCAAUUGGAGUUAUUUAGUUUUAUGGGUACUUUGAUUUUGACCUUUCCUUUGGUCAUUUGUAUCUAAACAUGUUAUUAGUUAUGGAGGCAUUCAGUCCUGUAUCUUCAA